AUGGCAACAACAGACAUACCAGAAGGUACUAUAAGGAACAUACUAGACCAAGACACACUCAAGUGGGUUUUCGUUGGAGGCAAAGGUGGUGUUGGCAAAACGACAUGCAGUUCAAUUCUUUCCAUUCUUUUGGCUCAAGUCAGAUCUUCUGUUUUAAUCAUAUCUACUGAUCCAGCUCAUAAUCUUAGUGAUGCCUUCCAACAACGAUUUACAAAGGCUCCUACUUUGGUUAAUGGGUUCAGCAAUCUAUAUGCUAUGGAGGUGGAUCCUAAUGUUGAACAUGACGAUAUUGGAGGAAAUGAAGGAAUGGAUGGUUUGUUUUCCGAGCUUGCCAAUGCAAUUCCUGGGAUUGAUGAGGCCAUGAGUUUCGCUGAGAUGUUAAAGCUGGUACAGACGAUGGAUUAUUCUUGUAUUGUAUUCGAUACUGCUCCAACUGGUCAUACACUCCGGCUUUUACAAUUUCCAUCAACUUUGGAGAAAGGGCUUCAAAAGAUGAUGUCUUUGAAAAGCAAAUUUGGUGGCUUAAUUAGUCAGAUGACUCGUCUCUUUGGCAUUGAUGAUGAAUACGGUGAGGAUGCAAUCUUGGGAAGGCUUGAAGGCAUGAAAGAUGUGAUCGAACAAGUCAAUAAGCAAUUCAAAGACCCAGACUUGACAACCUUUGUUUGUGUUUGCAUUCCCGAGUUCCUCUCCCUUUAUGAAACUGAGAGACUGGUUCAGGAGCUUACCAAGUUUGAGAUUGAUACACAUAAUAUUAUCAUUAAUCAAGUUCUUUAUGAUGAAGAAGAUGUUGAAUCCAAAUUACUCAGAGCAAGAAUGCGGAUGCAACAGAAGUACCUUGAUCAGUUCUAUAUGUUGUAUGAUGACUUCAACAUUACAAAACUUCCAUUGUUGCCACAAGAGGUAACUGGAGUUGAAGCUCUAAAAGCUUUUUCAAGUAACUUUUUAUCGCCGUAUCAACCUUCCACCAGCAGAGGUACGGUGGAAGAUUUAGAACGAAAAAUAUCUACCCUAAAGCUGCAGUUGGAAUAUGCGGAAGCAGAACUAGACAGACUUCGAAAGGGAAAGCAAAAGGUCUAA